AUGUAUUCAGCUGCCGAAUAUAUUCGGGAACUUAAAAUAUCUUGUGACCAAAAUGAGAGAACGGAACAAAGACUGCGACAAGAAAUAUUUGAACUUGAUAGUGAGAUUCAGUGCUGUCAAAAGGGACUUCCGGUCGGCGGUGUUCCUACUGUAGACAACCCCGAAGUGCACUUACAAACUCUAUUCAGAGAUUAUUUACAUGAUAGAAUUAAUCAAAACUGGAAAUUCUGGAUUUUCAGCUUUUUGGUCCGACCAUUGUUUAUAAGUUUCACACAAAUGGUUACUUCAUCCUCAUUUCCAGCAUUCCUUCAUUCCGUGAAGAAAUGGGGUGAUGAGAAACUUCCGUUGAAUGAAUUGAGAAUAAAAGUGAUAGAAUUAUUGAAAUAUAUCAGUACCAAUACAUCAGUAAUGUCAACACCAGAUCGACUUCCACUAGAUGCCAUCACCAAUUUCCAGAAGUGGCAAGACUAG